UGUUUCCCAGCCCCUAGGAAGGUGCAGGUGAGCAGAGCAGGAUGAUGGACGUGGUGGACGUGCCACCCGAGGGCUACUCCCUGAUCAAAGCCGUGUACCAGCGGCGCCUCCGCCUCACCAGGCUGCUGAUAGAYGGCGGUGCCUACAUCAACGAGAGCAACAGCAGGGGAGAAACCCCUCUCAUGAUCGCCUGCUUGACAAAACACGUGGACUUACAGAGCGCCAGCAAGGCCAGGAUGGUGAAAUACCUGCUGGACAACAAGGCUGACCCCAACAUACAGGACAAGUCUGGGAAGACAGCCCUGAUGCAUGCUUGCAUGGAAAAAGCAGGCCCUGAGGUGGUGUCUCUGCUGCUGAUGAGCGGGGCUGACCCCAGCCUGACAGAUCACUCCAACUGCUCGGCGCUGGUGUACGCCAUCAACGCCGCAGACAAAGACACGCUGGAAGUUCUGCUGAAGGCCUGCAAGGCGCGGGGGAAGGAAGUGAUCAUCAUCGUGACGGACAAGUCCGCCUCGGGGAGGCAGAAGACAAAGCAGUACCUGAACAUGCCUCCUCCAGACCUCGAGGAAUGCGCUUCCUCAGAUGAUUGCACCUCCCCGUCACAAACAGAAUCAAAUGAGGGCCCAGAAGAUCCAUUCAGCUAUAAAGAGUUGUACGGUGGACAACCGGGGGACAACUCGUCUGAAACAGUGCCAUUAAUGACCAAAUCCAGCUCAACACCAGCACGGUUCAAGCUGACACAGGUGCUGCAGUGUGAUCCGUGGCUGAAGUGCUGUCCAGCARUGUUUCAGCAGAGGAAAGUUGCUUCUUCACAGGAUCUUCAAAGUAUCAGUCCCACAGAAGAGCUCUCAUGCAAAGUCAGYAGCCUUGCUUUAACCAAGGGAGUCAACAGCAGUCACGAAUGUAUUGACAGAAAAGACACCGCUCAYAUCCUGAAAACCCCUGAUCAAACCCUGUCAAGGAAAGCAUUACGUGAUGCCAUAAACUAUCGGUCUCCUUUUGUGGAAGAGAAGCAUAAUCCCAGUGAGAUUCCCAUGGGCAUGGAUGCCAGUCUGGGACAAAUCGGCUUACUUUCAAACCUCGGCAGUAUUGUCAAGAAAGGAAAUGGAGAAUCAAAUUACAACAUCUCCAGUCCUCAGUUCACUAAUAGUGUAAUUCCUGCCACUGAUUCAAAAGACAGUAAAUCACCAAAAGGGAAGAAAGAGAUGAUUGUUCCUACMUAUCACACUUUAUUACCAAGUCCGAGAAGAGGUCUGGAGAGGAUGUCUCCUGUUUCUCCAAGAGGCAGAAAUAAAGCUUCUCCAGACGGAGAGAGUUCAGGAGCCUUAAUGCUGGAUCAGCCAAGGCCAGGUUUUCUGCCACCACUGAAUGUGAACCCKCAUCCCCCAGUUCCAGAGCUCACCGUCAUAAACACAGUUUCUGGAAUGAUUUCUUAUGGACAAACACACUUGGUACCACCAGGRUCUGCUUUCCCUAGGGGUCCCAAAGAUACGAAUCUGCUGCGGAGGAGGCCAUAUGAGCAGAUUACAGUCUGAGCAGGAAGCCAUAUGAGCAUUUUACAGUCUGAGCAGGAGACUGUAACAGGAGACAAAGGGGAUCUUUAUAAUAUGUAAAUAUUCACCACACUCCUUGACUGUAAUGGUACCUAUCACAAAACAGAGCAGGUCUGUGAUAUAAAGUCUGACUCAGGACGAGUCAAGCAGCUCAGAGACUAAAAGAAAAGACAAACUUAGCUAAUGAGACACUGACAGCUGAAGAAUGUUUAUUUUGCAGGUUUUGUAAGGAUUUCAACUUGCAUGUGACAGGUUCAACCCACAAUGGUCCUUAAGCAUUGCAUUUCUCAUUGUAGGUUGUAAAUACUACCCCUUCUAGAUUUCCCCAAGUACAUAUCCCUUCUGUACCCAGAGAGGUUGUGCACAUGGCAUUUGGGAGCYUGAAACAUUUGACUGUGAUGCUGGACAGCAGUGUCCAGGCUGUACAUACGCAGAGAAYCCAGAAACACUGCCCACAUGGGGCAGGCAGCAGCAGGCUCUGUGUCUGGCCUCAGCGGCUUCACUGCGAGCCAGCAGCACCACAGAGCUGGCAAAGCUCACGCUGCAGAGCUGUGCUGCCCUCGGAAUUCCUGCUGAACACCGGGAGCACUGGGGGCCAGCGGGGCACAGCAGCUGCAGCCCAGCA